AAGACUAGUAAUAAAAAAAGCAAGUGAUGGUACAGUAUGGUGCAGAGCGCGUUGGACAAGCAAAAACGCUUGUAAUGCAUACGCACCACUGAAACUCGCUUCUUCAAAGCUCUUCCUAUUUUUGGCCUCUCCCUCUUCUCCCCGGAAAGGAGAGGAGAGGAGAGAAAAGUAUAUACAUAUAUCAGAUUCCACCAAUAUUACCCUAAACUUCAUUCAAAUAUUCAAUUCCUCUUAUCUGUCUUCUAGGGUUUCUCUUCCGCCAUUGCCGCCCUCACCUCUAGCUCCAUCGCACUCUUCUCUACAGGCAUUGCUCCCACAUCAUCUAAUUUCACUCCGAUUCCCUUAUUCCUUCUCUCUUUUUUAAGGUUCUUUUCGCUCUCUCGCCGAAUCCGUUGUUUCUCACUUCGAGGUUUAUUGUUUUUGCUUCUCAAUGGUAUGUUCCCCGGGAAGUGGGAGAAUGGAGGUCAUGGCAAGACAUCUGGCUGCUGGGAGUUAUUCUCAGAGCAUGGCAGAUGACUUUGCCCGUCAGAAGUCAGCUGCUGAGUAUAUUUGUAGAGAACUACGUGAGGCAGAUGAAGCAAAUUUGCUUCAUGAAGAAGAUAUGCAUGUCUAUGGUGAGAGGCCCAUGGCUGAUUCCUUGCAGCUGGUAUGCUGCAAUGUUUGCAAGAAACCAAUCAAGGACAGCCAAUUUGCUGCUCAUGCAGAACUUUGUAGGUCAUUAAAGCUCACAGAACAAACUACAUUGGAGCUUGAUGGCAGUACAGGGAAUCGAAAACCUCCUAGGAAAGAAAAGAAAAAGUUAUCAAAUUCUUGUGCGAACCAAGCUACUGCAGCUGGGGAGCGGAGAAGGUCUGAGUCUACGGAUAAUAUUGACACUGCUGUGUCACAGUCCCACUUGAACUGUCAAAUCAGAGUGACUCCCUUUUCCAAUGAGGUAAAAGGACACUCAACUUGUGUAGAUGCAGCAUCUGUGAUGGAUGGUACUGGAAUUAAUCCUGGAAAUAGAGAUCAUCGAGCUUCUGUAAUGCAUCCUCCAAUAAAACGUCAUAAACUGAUAGCAAGCGCAUAUUUACCUGUACUAGAAAGCCAUGGAGCAGAAUCUGGAGUGACAAAAACUGUGAGUUUCACAGAUGGAAUUACUCGCAAGGAUUUUCCUGAAAGAACUAUUUCAGAACAUGGAGAUCCUAACCAUAAAAACCUUGGCCAGGUUCAUGUGCAACAUCAACACACAAUGAAAAAUGAUUUUCCUGCACCCCUUGCUACAAAGAUAUAUUAUUCUCAGAGGACCAAUCGAUUGCGUGCCACAAUUCGUCAUCUUUUCUUCCAGAACUUAAGUGAGCAAUUGUGUACUGAUGUUGUAUGUCCAAAGACAUCAGAUGCAGAGAUGGUUGCAUUCCAACAUUCAUCUCAGAGGAACCCUUCAUUUGAUCAAGUGACCAAUGUGCACAAUGAUGAGAGCUGCACUCCUGCUCAAAAAUCUGAUCAUGCAAAAAACUCAGAAAUUUGCUUGCUAAAAGCAGGAGGCCUGCCAAGUGGUGGCUUGUCAAAUCAGUUUCUUCUUGAUAAUGUUUCAAGGCCUGCAGCCACUCAUGUUGGUUUGACAAGAAGCAACUUUCUUCCAACUUCUUUUUCUUUUGCAAGCAACACAGGAAAUCCACUGAGAACAAUGCAGCAAUCAAAUGGGAGUGUUCCUGUUAUUUAGUAACCUUGGUGGGAUUUUUUUGCGUAGGUGAAGUACAGGUAACCAAUACAAGAGGUUAGGAUUUAGCUCCUUUUUUGAAGCUGAUAAAGUAAAUUACUGAAAUUGUUUAUCCUGUCAUCUGCUUUGUAAAUGAAAAUUUCUUUCUUUUAUACAAUGGAUGGAAAUGAAGAAAUUGUUGAUUCUAUAUCAUUUAAGUCAGGGUACUUUCUCUUCUCUGUUAUCUAUUCUUUAACUUGUAUGCUGUUAGUCAGGCUCAUUGCAUAGCAGAUUUGCAUCAUUCUUGAUAUUUCAAGGUUUCACAAUACAAGAGUAUAUUUCUU